CAGAGCUUCUCCGGAAGGCCUUUCAGCUGCACACACCCAUCGGAAAACACAGCGGCGAGUUGAUAACAGCAGUAUAUCCUACAUUUAUUUGCGGACUUUUAGACAAUAAAAAUGGACGAUCAAGAAAUGCAGUUGAAAGUUAAAAGAGUGACUGAUAAAUUCACGGAGAGUAUGUACGUGUUGGCCAAUGAACCGUCUAUAGCCCUCUACAGACUACAAGAACAUGUCAGGAGGUCUUUACCAGAACUGGUGCAGCACAAGACAGAUAUGCAGAGCUGGGAAGAGCAAAGUCAGGGAGCAAUAUACAGUGUUGAAUAUGCAUGCAGCGCUGUGAAAAGCAUGACAAAAAGUAGCCUGUAUUUCAAGAACAUAGAUGGGCUCCUCCGACAAGCCAUUUCAUUAAAGGAAAAGCUCAGCUCGCAAGGACGCAGUGCUGUGAACCCUGCAAAUAAUCCAAACGAUACACCCACACACGCCACAGUCACACCACCUUGACUCAUGGAAGUGUUUCUACAAGGAAAAGAGCUUUGGAUUCCGGCAUGAUUAAGAUUGGAGGAGAAAAGCAGAGCUCUGUCCAUCUCUAAGCCUAAUGAGGGAACUUUAGGCCUUUAUGAGAUCAUCUAACAUCUACUACAACUUCUUAUGAUUAUUGUGGAUUUGAAAAUGAAUUAUUUUGCAACCUUUUUCAUUUACAGUAUGUGUAAAUGACCUAAAGAAGGAAGUACGUGCAAUAUGUAUAAGCUGCUUUACAAAAGUAAUUCUUUGUACUCUAUAAAUCAUAUACAAGCUCUACAUGUGAUGUAGAGAGGUCAACAUGUGAUUGCGUUCUGUAAAUUUGUAUAUACUGAAUUAAAUAAUUCAACAUUUUGUGCAUAAUAAGUGGGUUAUGACAUUCGUGUGGUUUGGUAGGCCACAAUGUAAUACUUACCAGCUAGGUAAACUGAAACGCCGAGACAAAAAAGCCCAACGGCCACGUGUCGGACUGCCCUGCUAUCCAAUAGGAACCAGUCGGCCCUUAGGAUGUAAACAAAAAUGCGAGUUCAUUACCUAUUCAGUGAACUAGUACCUGCUUGUAAAUUUGCAAACCAAAUUGUCAGAAUUGUCUAAAAGACCUGUCUCCUGAAAUGCAAAAGGGAAUGCAUUAAACAGGAUAUUCUAUACUUUGAAUUACAUAUCAAGGAAUUAAGUUUAAAGGUGGGAGCCCACAACCUAUUUUAACUUGAAUAAAAAAUAUAUCAUUUUUAUAUAGUUCUUAUAAAAAUAAAUCAUGUUUCUUUUAAAGUAAAAGUACAGUAACCUUGUUUUCUUUUUCUUCAGAUUGAUGUGUAUAACCAUAGUUUUACUGGUAAGUCUAUGGUCAUUGUAGCGAGAAGAUGGUAAAUGUGUGGUAACUAUGGUUUUACUACAAUUACCACAGUUAAACAACGCUCAAUGUUGUAAAACCAUGGUUAAUUUCCCUAGAAAUUGGUCCCUUCACCCACAAAUAAAAUGCAUGCAUCUCAUUGAA